AUGGACAGGAGUCGGCGCAGAAGUAAUGGCAAUGCCAUUAGAGGGCCACAGUCUGCCCUGACCGACUUCCUUGCAUCACACAACAUCUCGGCUCAACAGAUUAACCUCGACUACCAGCAGAGAGUGAGAGAUGCUGAACAACAAGCUGCUCAAGCCGCCGCUGCAGCUGCCGCCGAGGAGAACAAGCCGGACUCUAGCGACGAGGAAGAUGCUGCGGAACGUAAAAAGCGGAAGCGGAAAGAAGAGAAAGCCAUAGCCAAGAUCAAGGCAAGCAAAGAGUUCAAGAAGAGGAAAUUUGAACAUCACAGGGACAACCCUGACGAGAGCUCUAACGACGAUGCUCUUGUUCAAGACAUGAUGAACAAGCCAAAAGCACCUCCCAAGCCAGGCCAGUUUGCCAACUGCGAUGUCUGUGAGAAGAGAUUUACCGUCACACCUUACACGGUAGCCGGUCCUGAUGGUGGCUUUCUUUGUACAAAGUGUGGGAAAGAGAUUAAAGAUGAGAAGAAGAAGGCUGAUCAUGCUGCAAAGAAGAAAAAAGCAACCCCCAAGGCUCGGAAAAGACAGACAGAAAGCGAUCGUAUGAUGGGCGACGUCAAGCCUGGGGCCAAGUCGUUGGUUGAGCAUUGUGUGAGAAAGGUAGCAGACGUAGUGAACGACGUCGAAGACUUUGGUGAGCUGCCACAGAAACUGCUCGACCGUCUAAGCCAGAUUCUGUCCAAGAAGCGAGUCCUUACCCCUCGAACUUUACAACUUUUCCUCCAACCAGGAAUCGAUCGCAUCAAUGUCUACGACUGUGCCAAGCUCGAGAGUGAGGAUUUCCAGAAGAUCUUCGCCUUCAUGCCUGAUCUCGAGACCGUCAAUCUGAGAUUUGCUGGCCAACUUAAGGACGACUCUCUCCACUAUAUGCUCGAAAAGAACCACAAGAUUAAACACCUGCAACUAGGUGCUACAAACCUCAUCUCAGACCCAGCAUGGAUAGAUCUUUUCCAACAGAUGGGCUCUCAACUAGAGACCUUAAAGUUGUCAGAGCUGAACGAUGCCAUGAAAGAUUCAACAGUGGAGAUUAUGGCGGCAAAGUGCACUACUCUUCGACGGCUCAAGAUGCGUUCCUGUCCUCAUAUGACUGAAGCCUCUAUUAACAGCAUAUCAACCAUGACCACAAUCGAGCACUUGUCACUAUCUGUUGCUCAAGACUCAGGAUCUGAGGUACUGGUCAACCUAAUUUCGAACCUGGGUCCGAAUCUUAAAACACUAUCUCUCGAAGACUAUUUCUACGCCGACGAUACUGUACUUGCGGCUAUCAAGCAGCACUGUACCCGAUUGAAGAAACUCCGCUUGACCGGUGGUGCAUCUUUCACUGAUGCAAUGUUCGCCAACCUCUUCUGGGAAGAUUGGUCGAACCCGCCAAUACCGUUCGUCGAUCUUAGCUGCAACCGAGACACUGACCCUGAUAUCGGUCCUGGAGAGGAAGAAGCCGGGAAUCCAGAUGCAGUUGGAUUCGGCUCGAAUGCAUUCAAAGGUCUUUUCCAACACUCAGGCUCGAAUCUGGAACGUCUUGAUCUUCAUUCAAAUCGACACAUCAGCCAUGAAGCACUAAUCGAAGUCUUUGACGGCGUCAAGAUUUACCCAGCUCUGCAAGACAUCGACCUGUCAUUCGUCACUCAUGUGGACGAUGUGGUGAUGAGUGGCAUCUUCAAGAGCUGUCCCGCUUUACAGAAGUUGACCGUAUUCGCUUGCUUCUCCAUCAAUGAGCUUCAAAUUCCACGAGGUAUUGCAGUAAUUGGCAUUCCGACAGCACAGACUGCUGUCGAAGUGGUAGGAGAGUCCUAA